AUGGGGUCUCUUUCUAACGUCGUCGAAGCCAAAUCUACAACUCGUUACAUGGACAUUCAUACACCUAACACUUUUCAUUCCAUUUCUCCGUUUCUCAUUAAUAAACUCAUUUUAUCUACUAUUGGUGAAGUUCAAAAUAUAAAAAAAAUGCGCUCUGGUGAUCUACUAUUGCAGGUAUCCGAGAAACAAGCAUUACAGAUCAGUAAAAUGACAAUACUAGGUUCAUUCCCAAUAGAAACAUCGUACCAUAAAACAAUGAAUAUAUCACGUGGUGUACUUUCCGAACCAGAUUUCAUAAAGGUUUCUGAAGCAGAAUUUUUGGAAGAACUACGAGAUCAAAAUGUCUGCGCCGCUCGUCGCAUAAAUAUUCGACGAGGUGACAGACUUGUUCCCACACAACAUGUUGUUCUGACAUUUCAAACGCCGGUUUUGCCUAAAUCCAUCAAAGGUGGUUAUAUUAAUUGCAAAAUUCGACCUUACAUCCCUAAUCCUCUUCGCUGUUUUAAAUGCCAGAGGUAUGGGCAUUCACAAACCAGUUGUCGAAAUAAUGAAAAUAUUUGUGGUAAAUGUGCAGAAUCUGGCCAUGAAAUGAAUACUUGCACAUCGGACAUUCUGAAAUGUGCUAACUGUUCUGGCUCCCAUGCUGCAUUUUCCAAGUCCUGCCCUAAGUGGAUCUUGGAAAAGGAAAUAAUUUCCAUUAAGAUAAAAAAGAAUAUAACUUUCCCAGAAGCCCGAAAAAUUGUGAACGAUAGAACUCCAAAAGUUGGUGUUUCCUACUCAUCUGCUGUUAAAUCUAUUCAGAAUACAUCCUGCUCUCAAACUGAUGUAAAUAUCACUCAUUGUCACUGCACAAUAACUAAUCCAGUACUGCCUACUAACAUGCCAUCUACCUGCGUUCAGCUUCAAAAAACUUCUGUAACCGCUGAAAAUUUAUCUCCUAAAAAAUCAGCACCCCGAACUUCUGAUGUUUCAAAAAAACAAAUUGCCAAAAACAGGAAGAAAUUGAAAUCACUUGCAACAAGGCCUCAUGUUGCUGAAGAUUUUUUAAAAAUUGACACGUCAUCAUCCGAAUUUUCGGAUAUGGAGUUGGAUUCUUCCGCUUCACUCAAGAAAAAUCUUGCAGAAGGUAACAAGAAAAAGAAAAAACCUCCAGAUAAAGGGUAA